GCCCAAAACAGUUCGAGUGUAAAAUCCGAACAGUGCGGUUCGUUCUCCGGGGCUGUUGAAUGGUUGAAUCAUCCGCGCCGCGCGACUAAGCGUCGUCCAAAAAAAAAACGAUCCAAAUGCGCUUCCUUCGUCGCUAAAAAGCGCCCGCAGUCGGUGUUCAGUCAGUGUCCUUUUCCAGGGUACUCCGUGAGGAUUAUCAAUGUGUGUCAUUAUUGAUUCUUUCUAGUGUUAGAAAACCAAGAGAAAAUACAUAAAAUUACUAGUGGAAUAAUUGAGAGCAGCUGCCGUCCAGCUUGCACAGUUUGGGCAGUUUGGGGAUUGCAUCGGUGGUGAACAUAUCCGGACAAACAGUAAAGAGAGAGAGGGGACACCGGAGGCGGAGGGCUCCACCAGUUGGGGAGCAGGGUGUAAAAAGCCUGUCUUCGAGGGAGCACAACAAGCAACAACCAUGCAACAAAUAGCCAACAUCAUUGGCUCCAAUGUCUACUACGAUGGCAGCCGGGUCUUCGCCUGGCUCGCAGAUCUGUGCGGACUGUCGGUCGAUUUGGUCAACUUCCUUAUCACACAAUUUUUGGCACUGAUCCUAGCGUCAGUCUUCCGUUCCUAUUUGCACCCGUCGAAGGUGACAGCCAGCACACGCCAUGCCAUCGGACUCGUCAUCGGGCUUUUCUUCGGGUACUUUUGCUUUGGCCAACAGGCCAUCCACAUCGCAGGACUUCCAGCUGUUUGCUAUGUCGUCAUACGCACACAAAACCCACAGAUCGUGCAACGACUCGUCAUGGUGGUCGCCUUGGCGUACCUCUCGUGUAUCCAUCUGCACCGGCAGUACUAUGACUACGGUUCGUAUUCGCUGGACAUUACCGGACCGUUGAUGAUCAUCACCCAGAAGGUGACCAGUCUGGCGUUCAGCAUCCACGAUGGUUUCACCCGUGAGAUGAAGGAUCUCACGCGGAGCCAGCAGGAGCACGCUAUCAGAAAGCUUCCGUCGGCGCUGGAGUUUUUCUCCUACACGCUGCACUUCCAAGGUCUGAUGGCGGGCCCGCUGGUGUUCUACAAGGACUACAUCGAUUUCAUCGAGGGCUACCAUAUCCUCAAGCAGACGGCCGUUUCCAACGGAAAGUAUGAUAUUGAAAAGGAAAUUGUCCACGAACCAUCGCCAGUGAAGGUUGUCGUCAAGAAGGUGAUUGCCAGUUUAGUUUGCGCGUUGAUCUUUGUGAAGUUUGCAACAAUAUAUCCCAUCAAGGCUAUGAAAGAUGAUGGCUUCAUAACAGCAUCCGGCUUCAUGUACUCGUUCUGGUACAUGAUGAUGGCCACGACGGCCGUUCGUUUCAAGUACUACUUUGCCUGGCUGAUGGCCGACGCCAUCUGUAACAAUUCCGGGCUCGGGUUCAAUGGUUACGAGAAGGAUGGCGUGACGCCCCGCUGGGACAUGGUGUCCAACAUCGAUGUGUGGGCAUUCGAGUUCGGAACAAACUUCCGCAACAGCAUCAAUGCCUGGAAUACCGGUACGAACCGGUGGCUACGCAUGGUGGUAUUUGAGCGCGUUCCAAAACGGUACGGAACGGUGCUGACGUUCAGUUUGAGUGCCCUGUGGCAUGGAUUUUACCCCGGAUACUACAUGACAUUCGCAACAGGAGCGUUCAUUGUGAUGGCGGCCCGAGUCGCUCGGAAGUUGUUCCGCGAACCCUUCCAAGAUACGGCAUUUAAACGGAUAUUUUACGACAUUCUGACCUGUCUCGUAACGCGUGUUUUUAUGGGGUACGCCACAUUUCCAUUCGUUUUGCUCGAGUUUAAGGCUAGUCUUCGUAUGUACCUGAAUGUUUUUAUGUGCCUUCAUCUAGUCGCUUUGAUCACUGUAUUUAUUUUAACGAAAUUUGUACCACGCGGUGAGCGGAAACGAACUUCCGUUGCCACCGCCGUCAGCGCUACUUCCGGUGCUGUCACAUCGCAUGACACGGUCACCGAUACCGCAUGUAGACAGUCGUCGACCAAAUCUAUUAGCGCUGGCGAAAACGGCUGGCAAAAGCUCGUCGCAACAGCCGACAGAAACGGAACCACCGUCAAUGGCUGUGCCACCGCAGCCGCUGUUACCGUCAAUGGCCACCACGCGGAACGGAACGAACAACCACAAACUGCAGCAACUAGUAAGACUGAGAGGGAAAGUGAUAAUCUAUCAAAUCUGAUCAAGGAGAAGAUUGAACAAGAAACGCGCAACAUCGAAGAGCUGAUUGAUAAAACCGUUACCGGUAUUGUCGAGUUAAAGGACGACCUGAUGCGUAUGAAUGAGAACAACGAGAUAUUCAUCUCGGCCGAAACGCUUCGCAAACGCCAGCAGAGCAAGGCCGAGAUUCACAGCGGCUCGGAUCACGUCGGAGGAGGGGUCGAUGCCUUCCUCAAGAAGGAGAUCGACGCACUCAACGCAGCCGUGCAGCAGGUUAACGUUUUACCGGCUGUCCUCAGUAAUGGCCAUGCCAAAUAAUAUUCUUCCAGCCAUCGGCACCACCAAGUCGAGUUGGAACAUCUUUAAAUCACUACUAAGAUUUUUGAACAUCGGUACGCGGUGUUUCAGUUUUGCGCAAAAUAAAUUCCCAGAACCCAGAGAUCGCACGGACAAAACCGAUUCCUUUGUAAUUUUUGCGAGUGGAGGUAAUUUUUCCUCUCUUCCUUUUUAUUAAAAACAAGAUUUAACAAUUUGCUAGUAAAGUACACACAAACACACACAGAUACACAAACAACAUACAAACUAUGAAGCAAACCUAAUUCAAGUGAGUAACUUCGAUAAGUGUGCGCAUAAUUUAAGAUUAUAAUGAUAAUGGUAACUAGAUAUUUCCAAAAAGAAACAACAAACGUUAUAACGUACUAAAAUAACUAUUGCAAACCAAGAAAACUAAGUAAAAAAGCACACACGCUCGAUGGAGAAAUUUAGAGGACGAUGGUAGAUGUAAGAACAACUGGAAGGAAUGUGUAAUUUGAACUCAUCAAACAAACCAAAACAGAUUUUAAUUGAUAUGAAAAAAAAAACGGACGUGACAUGAGGAGCAAAAACAAAAAAAAACCUAACGAGAUAAGCGAAUACUUACCACAGUCAAGGAAAAUCAGCAAAAUCACACAAAGAAAGAACUCAACACAAACUAUUGUUGUAAGAGAGAUUAAAAUAACAAAGAGGAAUAAAACUGUUGCGUGACUAAGCGAGAAAAUGUA